GGAUUGUGGGAAGGCCUGCCAAUGCGCAUGUUGAAGUUUUGAUCUAUUUUUGCCGGGAGGUCUGUCUAUGUGUGUCUGUCUUGUGUUAAAGCCCAACUGUCUAAAUAUUCCGCGUAAUUUUAGCAUUCCGAGUAUGUAGAACGAAGGAGGACUUCUACAGGCGAUGCUACCGGCAGGAACAGUCCAAAUUUUCCGUUUCUCUCCGGCAUUUUUAAUCGCAGCUUACUUGACAACGGUCCGUUAAAAAGCUGAGGCAUAUCGGGUUCAGCGAAAGUCAGAAGAAUACCUGAGGUUCAAGUUUACCAAGAACUUGAAGAAUCUCGUCGUAGCCCGGUCACUGCCAUGGGGGAGCUACAAGCGACAGUAGAGUUUUCUGUGGCGUUUGGGAAAUUCUACAACGUCGAUCUGUUCCAAAGAGGGUUCUACCAUGUACGAGCCUACUUCAAGCCUCCCCUCAGACCCCCCAUGAAGACGGAGGCUCAUCUGGCUGACUCAUCAGGAUAUGAACAUGUGUAUUCAGCGCAGGUUAAGGAGGUUACGACGGGUAUCAGUAAAACCUUCCAGAUCCUGUACAAGAACGAGGAGGUCACGGUCAACGAUAUCUUCCUCUUCAAAGUACACGUACUGGUGGACUCAGAUAAGAUUGAGGACACAGUCGAUUCAGCUGCUUUCCAACUGGUUUUAGACCUGUGUUUCUCUGAAGAGAGUGCUGAUAAUGCAGACAGCCUGCAGGUGGUGAGCAGCAGGGUGCUGAAGCUCCACCUAUGUGCCAACAAGGGACUGCACCACCAUGCUGUGGUCAUGUUCGACUACUUCCACCUGUGUGCCAUGGAGGUCACUGUCCAUGGAUGUCUGGUUACUUUGCACCAGCCCAUCAUGAAUAUUCCAAAGACAGCCAAGUCCGGCUGGUUGAAGGGUCAGUCAGCAGGCAACAAACUCCCUCUGGUGUCCCUGGAGUCGAUACUGUUUGGAGCCGUCAACAUGAACAAAGCCAUCAUGCCGGGCCCUAAGGGUAUUGCUGAGGCGAUGGCCCAGGCAAGGGAGACACACAGACAGAUGUGUGCUGCCCUCCUGUCCUCGUACGCUGGUCUGCAGGAGGUCUACCAGGAACUGUUGGGGAAGACACCUGAUAAGUACCUGUUCAGAUUAGAGGUCACAGACACAGACUCCAGGCUGGAGACCUUAUGUGAAGCCAUGAAGAUUGUGAAGACCCAGGAUGAGGCUAUCCAGACGGUGACGUCCCACCUGACCCAGCUGUGUGCAGACCUGUGUGCCCUGUGGACACAGUUCCUGGACAUGGUCACCACCAGUACACCCAUAGCACAGUACCUGUCAGACAACAACCACCAGACACGGGUCCAGAGGUUCUGUGAAGCAUUCUUUACGGUAGACAACCCCAGGCAGAGUGCACUAGUGUACAGCGAGAACAGCCCCCAGGGCCAUGCCCACAUCGGUGCCAUGGUGAGGAACUCCUGCUACUUCGCCACCCUCCCGCCUGUCCCUGUGGAGUGUGCUGAGACAGACGGAGAUGCCACCACCCUGCCCAUCAUCUUCGAGGACAGAUAUGUGGCAAAUGUCAAGGAAGUUCCUUCCAUGGACCUGUCAGAUGUCAGCACAGCUGGGGAUGAAAACAAAAGCCAGAGGAGAUCUUCUCUCCCCUUCAGCAGGAAAGACAACAAAAGGUCAUCCAAAGACAAGAAAAGUGGUUCCUCUUCCUCUCUCAACAGAUCAGAGUCACAGGGUAGCAAAGACGGGGACAGCACAGGGGCGAAGGCUAAGCGGAGAGGUUCAAAGGGCAGGUUAAAGUUUGGGUCUAAGACCAGUCAGUUCAUCAAGAACAUGAAGCCAGAGUCCCUGAAAAGACCAUCCCAGAGUGCAGGGUUGGAUCCUGUGGUGCCGCUGGGGUACAGGCAGCUAGAGAAGUCCAUGAACAAGAACAAGGCUGAGCCUGAGACCGUUGGUUCAAGUUCUGACGAGGAGACAAAACUGAAACGUAGGUCUGAACCCAUCCCCAUGCAGCUGCUCACAAAUACUGGGUCUAAGAACAACACAUCCUCUCUACCAGACAUUGUCACGUUGGAGGUCUUGAGUGCAGACUCAGGGCCCCAGCCUGCCAAGUUUGCCUGGAGCGAGACCAACGUGGCAGAUACGACCAGAGAAACCUCCUUUACAGACGCCAGGCAGGGUAUGGUCAAGCAAUGCAGCUUAGACAGUUCAUUACCCAGUGGUAAACCCAGCUUUCUUCUGAAGCAAGGUAGUUUAGAUAGUUCUGUUUCUCUGAAGAGAGAAGUUGUACAUAACGUUGUGGUAGAGGAAGUUGUAGACAAGCAGGAGGACAUGCCGAUUUCCAGUCGAACAGAACCAGAUGGAGCUGGUUCCACGCCGUCAGGCUCGAACCAGUCGGUCUCUGACUCUGUUUCCUGUGAAACGGGCUCCAACAAGCCGAGUGUGGGUUCCCUCCAGUCAGGACUGAGCCAGGAAGGGUCGGACCAGGCAGAGGUUCCCACAGAUGUGGCAGGUGCAGAGGCGAAGGGUGCUGCUCCUGUUGAGAACAAAAAAGAGGAGGUUGUCAGGCCAAACAAGUCUCCAAGGAAGAGUCCCAAGUUUGGCCAGCUGCACGGCAGGCUUGGUGGACAGGCGGCGUAUGCCAGCUGGACUAACCUCGUCAGCGAUGAGGAUGGUUUGAUUGACAUGGAGAUUUGGGAUGAUGAUGAUGAUGAUGAGCACAGUGAGAUGAGCUCAGAAGGCGACAGCACAUGUCUGAAAUCAGCAGAACCUGCGUCAAAUCAAGGGCUGGUAGAGACAGAAUCAAGUGAUCAAUCAGGGAGCAAAAAUCAUGACAUGUUAGAAAAACAGUCCAUUUCAUUGGAGUCAAGUCCAAAGAGUAGUGGAAAUGGAGAUGUAGAUGUGAGAAUGAGAAAGACUAGUCUCGAGCAUAGAGAAGCCAUGAGACUGGACAGACCAAUCAAAUGUCAAAGUUGGCUUGAUAUAGUCGACCUUGGGGUGACAUUGGUCGAUAUGGGAUCAGUAGACGACAUACCAAAUUUGGGCGAUUCUCAGAAUGGCAGCGAGGCAGAGAAACCUGUAGGUCUUGACACGUCUUGGAGUGCGACAGAGACGGUGGACAGUGGCAUCUCAGAGAGUCUGGAGGGAAAGGACUCUCCAGGGGGAGAUGCCAACCAACUCUUUGAGAGACUGUUGCAGCCCACCCCGCAUGCAGUGGAGAAUGGGCACGACCCAGGCGAGGAAAGGAGACCUUCCCUCUCAGACGACAUUUUUCGUCAGUCCAUAGAGAGUGCUGUGCAUUCAUUCUUAGAGAGCGAUCUCAUUCAAGCCAUAAGUUUAGCAAUAGGAGAUGAGGAAGGGGAUGACUUGGGUGCUUUUGACCAGGACUCGUCCAACUCUAACGAACAGUAUGGAGCCUGUGCGGCGGAGGAAGGGACUUUUGAUGAGGUCCGUACUGAAUGCAAGACCAUCACCACCUUCGAUGGUCCUGGAGGUCAAGUACGCUCAGAAAAGGUCACGACCUUUGACACUGCUGGUGCCGGGCCGCCCCAGCCAAGCUGGUCCCAAGAACAGCUUCUAACAGAGUCCAGACUGAUGACAACAUUUGGCAGCGAGGUUCACCUGGAGACUGUUGGAGGCCCAACACCGUCACUUGAGCACAAUGACCAUACUGUCACAAGCAUACCAACUGAGUCCAAAAUAGAGACAACAUUUGGUGCAGAUGGGGACUCUCCAUCAGGGGAUGAACAGUCAAGUCAGGAAGCAGUAAAUCAGAACAUACAUGAGGAUGAAACAUCCAAGCCAUUAACAGAUGUUGAAACGCCUGUAUCAGAUAUGAAAACUCCAAUAUCGGAUGUCAGUGCAUCAGUAUCAGAUGUGAGCGCACCAGCAUCAAAUGUCAACCCACCAAUCACCAAACAGCCCACAAAAAGUGAGGUCUCAACAGUGGAAGCCACCCCCAUGUCAGGUGACCUGGUGUCAACCAAUGGGGAAGCAACCACUGCCAAAGAGAAGCUGGCAUCCUUGAUGGCACUGAGGAAAAUGAGCUUUAAAACUGCCAAAGCAGAGUUACUGAAGCAGCUGAGGUUCCCAGGCCAGGUGUACAGUAACCUGCCGUCUGUACAGCCGCUCGUGCCUUACUUCUACCCCGACAUGACCGACGAUGACGGGCUGCACCUCAUCGUGUGUGUCCAUGGGUUGGAUGGUAACAGUGCAGACCUGAGGCUUGUACGGACGUACCUGGAGCUGGGCCUACCUGGGACAAGAAUGGAGUUCCUCAUGUCCGAGAGAAACCAGGUGGACACGUUUGCAGACUUUGACGUGAUGACCGACCGACUGGUGUCAGAGAUCCAGUACUACGUGGAGGUGCUGGGGAUGACCCCUACCAAGGUCAGCUUCAUCGGCCACUCCCUGGGGAACAUCAUCAUCCGCUCUGUACUGACCCGGCCCGAGAUGGUGCCGUUCUUAGACAAGCUCCACACCCUCCUGUCUCUCUCUGGUCCUCACCUCGGCACGCUGUACAACAACAGUGCUCUUGUCAACACAGGGAUGUGGUUUAUGCAGAAGUGGAAAAAGUCAGGGUCCCUCCUCCAGCUGGCGUUCAAGGACCACCCUGACCCCAGGCACACUUUCCUGUACAGACUUUCGCAAAAACCAGGUCUAGCAUUGUUCAAGAAUGUGCUGCUGGUGGGCUCCGUCCAGGACCGCUAUGUGCCUUUCCACUCUGCCCGCAUCGAAAUGUGCAAAAGUGCUGUCAAGGACAAACAGUUUGGUGCUGUGUACACUGAGAUGAUCAACAACAUUCUCCAACCUGUUGUCAACAACCCAGACGUCAAUCUGGUCCGCUAUGAUGUCAUCCACUCACUCCCCAACACUGCCAACUCCCUGAUUGGCCGAGCAGCCCACAUCGCCGUCCUGGACUCCGAGAUCUUUAUCGAGAAAUUCAUGUUGGUGACGGGUCUACAGUACUUCAAGUGAGGACCGGAAACUCUACAUUAUAACCAUUGUGGUGCAACCAUGCUGCAAAGUAAUAAUUGUGACUGAAGUGUUAAUUAAAAAGUUACUGACAAAUGUAAUGUAUUGAUAUUAUGAAUGACUGAUGUGAAAAUUGUCCGUUCAAGAAUGUGAUUGUUUUGUCAGGAGAUGCUUCCAUCUGAAAGUUGGAGGAUAAAGUCAGUGAAAGGAGUUAGUGUUAAAACAUACAGUACUUGGAUUGUAUAGGAAUUGUGUGAAAGCCAUUGAACAUUGAGACAGUCUGGUCUUUCCUCAGUUUCAUGGGUAUUUAUAUAAUAGGCUGUGGAUCAAAAGUUCUGUUGAGGCUAAAUCAGGGGGCUGACAGUGUUUUGUGGUAAACAUAAUCCAAGUAAGUAGUUGUUGUGCCAGGAUCAUAGCCAUAGUGACUCUUGGUUGGUGAACUUUGCUGAUAGCCUUAUAUGUAGCCCUUACAAAAUUAUGCAGGGGCGUAUAUAUAAGGUGAGGCCUUUCUUGUGAUGGCAAUACGUAUAUAUAUAAGGCUACCAACAAAAUACACCAGACAAGAGUUGCCACGGCUAUACCAGGACCACGACAUCUCCAAUAAUACAAGUAGAACAGCAAUACUGGUAUUUAUGUUUGUCUGUCUACAUUAUUAUUUAAUUUCUAGAUUUUAACAUCAAUAUUAUGAUUGAACAGUGAUGAUUGAGGCCAGUGAAGGGAUUCUUUAUAUUAUGAUACCAUAGAAUCACUUCUAACUUAUAAACUAAUUAAUCAAGGUAGCAAAAAAUGUGUAAUAGAUAAAGAUAAGUAAUAAUAUCAGGAGACAUCUGUCAUUGUAUGUCACAAAUUUCCAACAAGUUUGUUGGUGCCAUUGACGUAUUCUGUGCCAUUGUAAGUAGUGCAACUAAAAGUGGAAGUUAGGUAGAUAAGAUGAAA